AUGGCCGUGACAGAGUACCCAGUAAAAGUGAACUACUGCGGAGUUUGCUCCCUUCCCCCAGAGUACUGUGAACAUGGGCCACUGUUUGACAGGUGCAAGGAAUGGAUGGAGGACAACUUACCUGAUGACUUUGCCAGACUCAUCCUCAAUAAAACUCAGGAGGAGUUAGAAGCAAUGUCUCUGAACAACAGUAAAAAGAAACAAACGAGAGGAGGUAAAGCUAUGAAGAACAUCACUAAAAAGCAAGAACUACCAAGACAGGUCAUAGUGGGUCGGUCCAUGAGAGCUCGGAAGAAGUACGUGACCCUGGUCAGGGGACUCAAGACGUGCGACAUGAACCUCAAGAAAUGCGGCAAAGCGUUCGGUCAGAAGUUUGCGUGCGGAUCGUCCGUGACGGGAGACGAUGAGAUCACGGUUCAGGGCGACGUAGUGGACGAGAUGAUGGACUUCAUUGUGGAAGAGCUGGGUAUUGAGGAGGACCUAGUGGUGGACGGGGGUGAUAUUAAAGAUUGAUCAUUUGUUUUUGGGGCGUUUUGUAAAGUGGUUGUUUUGUAGUGCACAAUUCGCGGGAAGGAUUUGAAUGGCUUGGAAUUUUGUGGUCAUUUAACUUAUUGUAGAAUAAAAGCUUGUGGAAAGAAUUUUGAACAGUUGAGUGCUGAGCGAAUUUGUUAGUUACGUUCGGAUGUUAAGACUUCGAUUUACUGAAAGUUUUUUCAUGUGUCAAUUGGUUUUGUUCAUUUAAACUUUCGGUGAAAGUAUCAGAAUUAUGAGAGUAAGUUUGUCUGACAAACGUUCAACAGUAUCUUGAAUCUUCAUCUGAUUUAGUUUUUUACACGCACGAGGCUGCAAUAUGCUUGAAUAAUGUACGAUUUCUGUCUUUUUGUCUUGGUAAAUUGAAAGUUGAUAAGUAGUUUUAUUAUCAUGAUCCGCAUCAUAUCAGUCAUAUAAACAAAAUAAUAUUUGGGAUAUAGUAAUUUAAAUUUGAUAGAUUUUGAUUCUAUUGUUGUAAUUUGUCUCAUUGGUAAAUAUGAAGAUUGCUGUUCCGUUGGAAAAUUUUAUUUAUUAUCAA